UUUACAAUUUAAAUACUGUUGUGCAUCGUAAAGGACUUAUACAUUGCUGUUGUGGUAUUGUUGUAGAAAUGAGAUACAAAUUAAAUUAAACUGUCCAAUAAGUGAUAAAUAAUCAUAGAUAAUAAGUUGAUGCUUGAAGACAAAAUACACAGAUAUUGUGAAAUAACUGCCUCAUAAUUUAGUACGAAAAUAAACCGCAUACACAACAAAAUAAUUUUAAAAAACUUAAGUAAAUAUCGAAAUGCAUAAGAAAAUUUUUUUAUGUAAAAUAGCAGUGGAGGAUAACAGCGCAACUCAGCAGUCGAUUGAGAACUAUAUGACUACAUCGAAUAGUUUUGAAUGGGAUGACAAAAAAUGGACUAAGCUGUUCCCAUUUCCAACGGAUUUGCUUUCAAAACUAAAUACAAAUGUACAUCAUGUAUUAACACUUGAUAAAUGUAUCGAUGAAAUUAAGGCGGAAAACUUCCUUGCUGUUUCUUAUAAUAUUAAUAGAGCUGUGCCUUCAUUAGAAGACCAGUACAUUCUGUCAAAUAUAUUUAAAAAUUAUAAAACUCCCAUAGGAGAGGCAAAAGACAUAGAAAAUUUUAACGAAGAAAAUGAUGCCGCAGGUUCUAAACAUAAUUUAAUACAAGAAUAUGUCACUACGGCGCUUUAUGAUACUUUAUUUGAAAAACAUUUAGAAUUAAAUAGUGGUAAUAAACAAAAACUGCCAAUUCUACCAGAUAACUUUCGGCCCACACUAUGCGAUUACCAAGCGCGUACAGUUCAUUGGCUAUUAGAACGGGAAAUGAAUAUCACAAUUUUUCCAAAUUACUAUAUCCAACUGCAGGCACGCGAUGGGGAAACUACGGUAUAUAAGCAUUUAUUAAGUUGGCAUAUUCAAGAAUCUGAACCCGCACCAAUUAAGGUACCAGCUGGUGGCAUACUUGCAGAUGAGAUGGGUUUGGGAAAAACGGUAGAGAUGUUGGCAUUAUUACUAUUACAUCAACGACAAUUAUCAGAUGCUACAUCGUUCCCACGACAGUCGGAUCUAUGUAACAGGAAUGGACCCGGAUUUUUAUCCGGCCAAGGACUGUCAACUCUGCAGAAUUCUGCCGAUACAACAUCAGAUACUACACCAUCAGAGACCUUAUACAAUGAGGAGCCGGAGAAAAAACGUAAACGCCGUUCUACAAAUUUAUUUUGUAUUUGCACAAGAAAAACAAUGACUGAAUUAUGUACGUGCAAACGAUGUAAAUUUCAACAACAUGCAAAAUGUGUUGGUGGUUUCGAUGUUAACGCCAACAAUGAUUCAUAUUUAUGUCCUAACUGUUGGUACAUAACAACGCAAAAGUCGUUGCUAAAAGCUGCAACCACAUUCAUUGUGACACCUCAUACAAUAAAAGGGCAAUGGAUAUCUGAAAUAAAUAGACAUGUUGCACCAGCUCUUAGAGUUUUCGAUUACAAUGAACUAGUGGCAGCCAAUUGGAUUAGUCCAAAAGAGUUGGCCACCUACGAUGUGGUACUAACCGAUUAUUCUCUGUUGCGCCGUGAGAUAUAUCACACCAGCGCUUAUGUUUCCGAUCGUGUAACACGAAAUGAGCAACGCUCAAUGCGUCGCUUGUCACCAUUGCUUAUGAUCGAGUGGUGGCGGGUAUGCCUUGAUGAAGCACAAAUGGUAGAAUCAAAUUCUACAAAUGUGGCAGCUAUGGUAAAACAACUGCCAGCUAUAAACCGCUGGGCCAUUACUGGCACGCCCAUACAACGCAGCAUUGAUGAUUUGUGUGGUUUAUUGGAAUUUAUCGGUUUCACAGAACCCUUAACGCCGCCAACUGGUUGGAAAGCAUUAGUAGAUGAUUUCGUUAUGCAGCAGAAUGCUGUAAAUGAUCAUGAUAAAGCAGAAUUGACACUUGUUGAUGUUUUGCAACGUUGCAUGUGGCGCACAUGUAAAUCUAAGGUCGAUGCAGAACUGCAAAUUCCACCACAGUCUGAUCAGGUCCAUCGCAUAAGGUUGAGCAAUUUGGAGAAAUUAUUUUAUACUGAACAGCACGCGCUAUGUGAGAGUAGUUUCCAGCAUGUACUCCGAAAGCAUUUGGGCAAUGCUCAAGGCAUAUUAAAGAUAUCGCCGAUAAUAAUGAAAAUUAUUCUACAGCCCUUGUUGAAGAUACGUCAGUCAUGUAUCAUACCAGUUGUAAACACGGGCAGUGGGCAACACAAAGGCUCGUCAAACGUGCCACAGAAACAAUUUCUACAGCCAAAGGACUUGCAUGCGCAUCUGAAAUACACAAAUGAGUUUGAGUGUAAAUCCGAAUUGCGCACCAUGGCUUCGUCAUACAACGGCAUGGCCGCAAUUUAUUUUAUAAGAGGAAAUUAUGAGCAAUCUAUUAAACACUAUGAAAUGGUGUUGCGUUUAGCGCGCGAUUACAAAGACAUCAACAUUUCUGUCGACAGUUUGCUCCAAAUUCACGCAUUGCAUAAUAUACAGCAAGCUUGUUACAUCUCACCUGCCAAAGUCAAGCAAUUGUCAGCCGACGUGCUGUCCAAAUAUGAGGAGGAUUGCAACGCCUUAGAGUGGAAAUAUCUGGAACCCUAUGCGAAUACAAUGACAACGAUGCGUACGACUUGCAGCAAUGCAGAAGACACGCUUGAACGGUUGGAGACGAACCUCGAUGUACCACUAUUAGAAUUUACUAAUAUGCUAGCCGAAAAAAUUAGCGAGGUUAAUGACGCGUUUGCAAUCGCGUUGUUGAAUCGGUUUCGCGAUGAAUUUGCAACCGCUUUUGGUGGCAACCCGAAAUUAGAACAAUUACAAAGCAUAUCGGGUAUGUUGUAUAUACUAGUAAUGUGGUAUCAAAAGGUCGAAGCCGCGCAAACGCAUUUGAAUAGGGAGUUUAAAAAUUUGAAAUUUUACACAAUGAACGUAACCGUGCGCUCGAAAAAUACACCAGCCAUUUGGCGUGAUAUGACUAAAUUUAUACGCAGCGUCUAUGACUGUCAUCUCAAUGAUAUACUUGACGAUAAAAAGGAUCGUGAAAAGAACAAAUCCAAGUUAAAAUCGAAGAAGUCGAAACUUAAGUUGUGUAAACUUUGCCUAAUUCGCAACGCUCUUAAUGAUUACGAAUGUCUAUUAUUCAAUAAGGUCGUUGAUGAAGCCACUAACAUGACGGAGGGUUUAGAAAAUCCCUCUUUUGAAGUAGCGCUUAUUAAAGUAUUAUUUGGCUUUUUGCGCACGAAAGGUGCUUUCAUUAGUUUCUCGCAACAAAUGGACAGACAUUGGGAAGCCAUUGAAUGUCGUCAGCAGCUUUGUAAGAAGCUCAUUAAAUACUGGAUCGAAAUUGAAUACACAGUAAAGGCCUAUGAUGAAUUGGAUAUGUGUAAAAUGCGAAUUUCUCUGGCAGAAAAUGAAGAGGAGAAGACACAUUUCAAAUUGCUUGAUUAUGAGCUGGACGACACUUUUUUAGAGCAGCAAAUGAACCUGUACAACGCACAGCGACAGUUUGCUAUGAAGCUUGCGCGUCUCAAGUACAUAACACAUUUGGAGGCUGAUGCUGACACUGGACCAUGCCCUAUUUGUCAAUCAGAAGACGAAAGUCGGUACGCUGUAUUGGAGUGCGGACACAAUAUAUGUCUCCUUUGUUUACGAACAAUACGUCAAUAUAAUACACAUCAGAAGCUAUGUUGUCCGAUUUGCCGCAAUCAUCAAAAUUCAGAAAAGAUUUAUUACGUCACACGCACGCCCACAAUCUCUGCGGAAACAAAUAUACAAGUCAUCGGCGACUAUUCGUCCAAAAUUACCUAUAUUGUGCGCUUGAUUUUAAAGCUGCAACAUGAUCACUCUAAAGACGUGCAGCCUUUAAAAAUUUUAGUAUUCUCACAAUGGGCCGAAAUUUUACAUCCAAUUGCAAUGGCUUUAACACAAAAUGGCAUACGUCACCGCUUUAACUUGACGCCGCGCACAAUUGAGGAAUUUAAGAACCCACAAUUGGGCGUCACUUGUUUGCUGAUGCCUUUGCACAGAGGAUGCAAUGGCUUAAACCUAAUAGAGGCUACACAUGUUUUUCUUGUCGAACCCAUACUAAAUCCCGGCGAGGAAGCGCAGGCCAUUGGACGCGUCCAUCGUUUCGGACAGACUAGAUCAACAACGGUACAUCGUUUUAUUGUUUGUAAUACGAUAGAGGAGAAUAUAUUCAAUGUCGUUAAUGCUGGCAAACAAAAGCAAGCGAAUUGGGAAUUCAAGCAAUUGUCAGUGGAGAGCUUACGGAAUCUGUUUCAUUUAGAAAAUGAUGUUAGCGAGGAGUAUAUACCAAAUGCAAGGGACCCAAUAGAUGUCACCUAAAUAUAGCGAACAUUCCAUUGACAACCGGCAGUUUGCCAACACAAAUUUGUACGAUACAACAAUACUUCUCCAAAUACUUAAUUUCAAAAAUUCGUUUUCGAAAAAGACCACUUGGAAUUUAGUCUUAAAUCAACUUUUAAGUUGAGUUUGAAAUAUGACUAUAAAAUUCAAAUCUUGCCUACAUAUACAUGUCAAAGUACAUCCCAUUAGAUCUACGAUUUCAAUUUCUACGAUGUACGAACUCCGCCUACAGAAAAAAUAGUGAAGUUCGCUGCAAGCCUGCCUGUUGUACAUAUAUACAAAUAUUUUAAUUAACUGCCUCAUACAGUUAUUCAGUAUUUCUUUUGUAUGUAUGCAUUAUUUUUUAUCAAUAAAAGAUAUAAAAAAUGUA